AUGAACCUCCUCCUCGCCACCCUCCCCCUACUUCUCCCUCUCACCCUCGCCCACCCAACCAACCCCCUAACCGCCGCCCUGGACGUCGCCCACGACGCCACCCAAUCCGCCGCGAAUAUCAUCAACUCCACCCCCAACAUCAUCUCCUCUGCUGCGCCCUACAACCUCGUCUCCGACCUCUGCACCCCAACAGGCGCAAACUACUGCAACCUGGGAAUCGCCACAUAUGCACCCAACGGCCGGGUCCAGCUGCGCGAGACUUACGUCUACGAUCGCUCCUGCAGGGGACUUGGAGCCCUCCCGCAGAGCAUGGAUACGGGCCAUUGGUCUUUGCAUUCGCUGCUGCCGUGGACGGUGGAAGUCGAUGUUAAGGGCGGUGGGAUUAAGCCGGAGGGCGACGCUUGGUAUGCCGGACGGAAAACGGAUCUGGGGAAGAAGAUGGCAUAUUACUGGGAGUUGGCAGGGAUAGGGGAGGAGAGUGAUGAGGGUGUCUUUCGGGUUAUAUUGUCUUUGUCUUAUUGGGGGGAUUUGAUGGUCUUGGGUUUAUGGGACUGGGUAUGGAUUUGA